AUGGUGCGGAAGAGGAAGAAACUCGUUGGAAAGAAUAACCAACCGACGGUCUCGAAGAGGACCGGGGUCACGUGGGAAGACGAAGUUGGGAAGAAAUCGCGUUCAUCGGACGAAACUGACGACCUUCAGGACUCGGGAACGCCAAGGUCAGAGCCAAUGCAGUUAUCACCCGAGCGGGAUCUCAAGGAUUCCGGUGAGAGUGAAGACGUCUUGCAGGAUCCCAAGACGGGCUUAGCUGUUCAAGAAAUACGCCGCCCGUCUGAAGAACUUCAUAAGAACAACUGCCGCCAGGGAGACACCCUGCAGUCUGAAUCAGACCGGUCUCAGUCCCUCAACAGCACCGCCAGGGUCUGUGAAGGUGUCAUUCGCCGCUGCGACUUUGACGUCAGGUACGCCGACCAGAUGACGUCAGAAGAGUUCGAAUCGACGUACCGGAACCGGAAGCCGGUGUUGCUGCGAUUCCGGGGCGGCGCUCGGGACUGGACGGACCCGGACGUGUGGACUAGAGACGGCCUUGUGUCCCGCCACGGCGACAGACGGGUCCGGACGGGUUACCCGCCAGACAUCGUCAGUAAUUACGGGAUAGGAGACGACAGCGAGACGCUUGACGCGUAUCUCACGCGUUAUCUGGAUGACGAAGACGGUUUCGACAGCAAGUACCUGGCGGACAGGACGCUUAUGACGGAACUCUUGCCGCACAUCCGCCUGCCGAGCUACCUGAACCAGUCGCGACUGGAGGGUCCAGCCUUCCGCCUGUUCCUGGGCCGGUCCGGUCCGGGUCUCUCCUGGCACGCCCACGGACAGGCCUGGAACGGCGUCGUGUUCGGCGCCAAACGAUGGUUCAUGUCUGCUCCGGACCGACCGCCUCUUGGUGGGAUCAGUUUCAAACAACUGGACAGGAUGAAGUAUGUUCAGCCGUACGUGAGCGCCGCCUGGCGAGCACUGGAGUGCCUGCAGCAGGCGGGGGAUGUGGUUUAUAUCCCGGAGAGUUUCCACCACGCCGUGGUGAACAUCGGUCACACUGUGGCCAUGUCCUUCAUAGACGAAUGGCGAACUGAAAAAUAG